AUGGAAGAGAAAAUUCAAAUGCUGGCGAAGAAACGUGAAACCGUGCGACGGAAGGUGCAGCGGAUUUAUGUGGCUACAUCGGAUCCGGACAAUCCAAACAAUAUGAGCAAGCACUACCUUCAAACGCAAAUUGAAAUGCUGACACGAUGCUACAAGGAAUACAACGAGUUCCAGAAUGAAAUCUGCGAUUUGAUCACCAGCGACGAACGUCAAGCUCAAGAAGAGAUGGUGUACAUCGAAUUCGAGCGGGUUUAUGGCAUCCUACUAGCUCGCUUGGCCCAGCAGGUUGAAGAUACGUCGAAGGUGAAGCUCCAGCAGGCCUCAUCUGCACCUCAGGCGCUAAACCAGGCUGUGCAGCCGAAUCUGCCACCAUUGAAGGUACCGCUGCCAACUUUCGAUGGCUCUUACGAAAAUUGGUAUGCUUUCCGCAGCAUGUUCGAAAACAUCAUGAACAGGUACAACGCGGAAUCGCCAGCCAUAAAGCUUUACCACCUACGGAACGCUUUAGUAGGUAAAGCUGCUGGGAUAAUAGACCAGGACAUAAUCAACAACAAUGAUUAUGCCGCAGCCUGGAACACCCUUCGCGACAGGUUUGAAGACAAACGGCUAAUCGUCAACAAGCACAUCGAAGCUAUCUUGAGCCUGCCAAAGAUGACCAAGGAGAGUGCGAUCGAUCUUCGUAAACUGAUCGAUAUUUGCAGCAAGAAUGUCGAUGCCCUCACCAACCUGAACUUACCUGUCGUCGGAUUGGGUGAAAUGGUGAUUUUGAACGUUAUCUCAUCAAAAAUGGAUUUCGAAACACGAAAGGCUUGGGAACUGGUUCAGAAACCGGGUCAGCUUCCCCAGUAUUCUAACACGAUGGAUUUCUUGAAGGACAGGUGCAAGGCCUUGGAGAAAAUUCAAGUCAGUUUGAAGGCAGCUGGUGAGUCUGUGAAGCAGAAUCGACCGGCUGUGAAAUCAGAAGUGAAAGCACAUUCGCUCGUCACCACAGAAGCACAGUGCUUUCACUGCAGCGGAUCGCACCCGAUUUGGAAGUGCGACACAUUCCAGAAAGCUGGAUACAAUGCGCAAAAAACCAGCCUCAUCAAAUCCGGAGCUUGUUUUAAUUGUCUUCAGCGAGGGCACACAGCAAGCGACUGCAAAUCGACCCACUCCUGUAAAAAAUGCAGACAGCGUCAUCAUACGUUGAUUCAUCGAGAAGAACAACCUGCUACACCACCCAAGGACAUGACGAACCAGCAAAAGAUCGUUCCGAAUUCCGAUCCUGCACCAACGACUGCAAGCACCGCGACCACCCUAUGUACCAUGGUGGAGACUGGGAAGAGCCAGAGCCUUAUUGCGACGGCCGUGGUACUCGUCCGUGGCAAAGGUGACUCGAAAUUCGCCUGCAGAGCAGUACUCGAUUCAGCUUCCCACUCGCACUUCGUAACUGAACAAUUCGCCACUCUGCUGGGCCUAAAACGGAAACCCGCAUUCUGUGUCAUUUCCGGGAUCAACGGACAACAAGUGCACAUCAAGUUCAAGCUACAUACGCAAGUUGAAUCAAUGAAGAAUGAUUACGCAACGAAGCCAUUGGAACUUCUCGUAGUUCCGAGAAUCACUGGAGACCUACCUCUUGCAAAGUUCGAUGCGAAGGCUCUUCAAAUUCCAGAUGCAAUCAUAUUAGCCGACCCAGCUUUCAAUCUUCCAGACACCGUGGACUUGCUGAUUGGUUCAGAAGUUUUCUUCAGACUCCUAAGACCCGGUCAACACGAUCUUGGGGUUAGUGCUCCUUUUCUCCAAGAAACGCAAUUCGGCUGGAUCGUGAGUGGCCUUGUUCCGGCGGCUCAUAUCACGGUAGGAAAUAGUUUGACAAGUGUGGUAGAAGAAGACGACCUUAGUAGGAUCCUUGCUAAAUUCUACGAGGUCGAGACAUGCGCCGAAUCACCAAAGGAAGAAGAGGAUGAAGAGUCGUGCCUGGCCCACUUCAGAACGACACACCGAAGAAACCCGGAUGGGCGCUACAUCGUAAGAAUCCCAUUCAACGAUCUGAAAUCCGAGCUAGGCGAGUCCCGACAGAUGGCAGAAAAGCGUUUUUUGUCACUCGAGCGGCGGUUGGACCGAGAACCGUUGCUAAAGGAACAGUAUAAGGCGUUUAUUUGUGAGUAUGAACAUUUGCAGCAUUUGCGUGAGAUUUCUCCCCCCAUGAAUGAAGAGUCGGGCGGUGCGUUCUACGUGCCCCACCACUGCGUACUCAAACCGUCAAGUACUACGACAAAGCUGCGUGUAGUAUUUGAUGGGUCGGUGGAGAGUUCUACAGGGAUCUCAAUCAACCAGGCACAGUACGUAGGUCCAACUGUCCAGAACGACCUGGUUUCCAUCUUGCUCAACUUCCGGUCGUAUCGAUAUGCCGUUAGCGCAGACAUCCCCAAAAUGUACCGUCAGGUGGCGGUACAUCCUGACGAUCAACCGUACCAACGAAUACUUUGGAGGGAGAACAACAGCGAACCGUUGAAGGUACUACAGUUGACAACAGUAACGUACGGCAUGAAGUCUUCUCCAUUCUUGGCCACCAUGUCGCUGCUACAACUUGUGGAGGAUGAGGGACACUCGUUUCCCUUAGCUGCUCGUGCUAUUACAAAAUCGUGCUACAUUGAUGACAUGCUUUCGGGCGCCGGAAGCAUUCCAGAAUUGUUGGAGCUGAAACAGCAAUUGAUUGAUCUUUUAGCCAAGGGUGGAUUUAGCAUCCACAAGAUCUGUUCCAACUCCAGCGAACUACUCGAUGAAACUCCAGAGCACCAGCGAGAAACUAGUCUACAGAUAGAUGAUGGAAAUAUCAACAUCCUCACGAAAACCCUGGGAAUAGUGUGGGAGCCGCAGAAGGACGUCUUCAGGAUUAGCAUCCCUUUGCAGCUGAACGAAGGACUCACCAAGCGAAGCAUCCUCAGUCAAAUUGCCAAAAUAUUUGACCCCUUAGGAUUUCUCGGACCUGUGUUAACUACAGCGAAACUACUGAUGCGAGAAUUAUGGGUGCUUGACAUUAAGUGGGACGACACCAUUCCGUCGGCUGUAGCAGCACGCUGGAAAACUUUUCGUGAAGAACUGAAUUCCCUCGAUGGCAUGGAUCUCCCCAGACGGUUCAUCGCGGAGGGCGCUGUAAUGGUGGAGCUGCAUGGGUUUUCCGAUGCAUCGGAUCACGCUUGUGGAGCUUGUGUUUAUGCAAGAUCUGUUGCUUCGGAUGGAUCGUCACAGAUGGCGCUGAUUUGCAGCAAAUCCAAAAUCUUGCCAAAGAAAAAGAAAGGACAGCCAAAACAGAUAUCCACACCCCGUGCUGAGUUGGAAGCGGCCUUGUUACUCGCCAAUCUUGCUAACAAGGUGAAGUCAGCGCUAGACUACAACUUUGAAUCAACAACACUGUGGAGCGACUCGCAGAUUGUUCUUGCGUGGAUAGCCAAAAGACCAGAGCAACUCUUGGUUUAUGUGGCAAAUCGUGUGAGGAAGAUCAGAGAUAUCACGGAUGUAGCAGAUUGGCAUUACAUUCCUUCGGCGUCCAAUCCAGCCGACCUGAUCUCAAGGGGACUUACACCGACGCAGAUCAUCAAUCGUGAACUUUGGUGGAAUGGGCCACCAACAUCAGGCAACACAGAAUCACCUCCGCCUCUGAAGGAAGAUGAUAUUCCUGAAACGAAGCAGACAUCUUUAGUGGCAACCGUGAAGACUUCAACCCGACUGGCACUCUUUGAUCGUAUCAGCAGAUAUUCGAUAAUUGAACGAGCAAUGGCAUACGUAGUCAGGUUUACUGAUUACAUUCGAAGACAUCGGAAGGAAUUGACGAAGGGUACGAUCACUGUGGACGAGCUCAAACGAGCUAACUUGUUGAUAAUCCGCCUAGUACAAGCCGAGGGUUUUCAGCAUGAAUUACAACUUCUCAACCUGGACCAAUCCUCUCGACACCCGCUACGCUGUCUUAGUCCUUUCAUCGACAUGAACGACGGACUUCUCCGGGUAGGCGGCCGCAAUAAGCAUGCCAUCAUCCCUUAUGAUAGCAAGCACCAAAUGUUGCUGCCUGAGAAACAUCCGUUCACUGCUACCCUAAUUCGACAUCUCCACAAGAACAACCAUCAUCUGGGGCAGCGAGGAUUGUUAGCAGUAGUACGGCAACGCUUUUGGCCACUGCGAGCGAAGAGUGUCAUCAGGAAGAUAAUACAUCACUGCAUCCCCUGCUUCAAAAUGCGACCGUCAAAGGCAACGCAGUUGAUGGGUAACCUGCCGGACUACAGGGUUCAACCGGCGCCUAUUUUUUCUACAGCAGGCGUCGACUUCGCCGGACCCUUUACUUUCAAAUCUUCCACCCAAUCCAGAAAGCCAAUGUACACCAAUGGCUACGUCUGCGUGUUCGUGUGCAUGAGUACACGUUCUUUGCAUUUGGAACCAGUGUCGAACUUGACGAGUGAAGCCUUUCUAGCAGCGCUACAACGAUUUGUGAGCCGUCGUGGUUUGCCCAACAAGCUGAUAUCGGACAAUGCCACUAAUUUCGAAGGAGCCUGCAAUGAAUUAGGGCGUCUUGCUGUGCUUUUCAAGGACGAACAAUUCCAAAAACGACUCGAUCAGUUUUGCACCCAACGAAGCAUUGAGUGGUCGUUUAUUCCGCCUCGUAGUCCCCACUUUGGUGGGAUUUGGGAGGCCGGGGUAAAAUCGGUCAAAUCACACCUCAAAUUGAUUCUGGCUGAGCACAAGUUGACAUAUGAAGAGUUUGCUACCGUGCUUUCCCAAAUUGAAGCUGUUUUGAAUUCUCGGCCGCUGGUGCCAUCAUCCGACGAUCCGAACGACAUCACGGCAAUCACUCCUGCUCAUUUUAUCAUCGGCCGUGAAUUCCAGGCGAUACCUGAGCCUUCGUAUGACCACAUUCCAGUUGGACGACUGUCGCGAUUGCAGUUUUUGCAAGACCUGAAACACAAAUUUUGGAAAAUUUGGAUGACUGAUUAUUUGCAAGAACUUCAGCGACGACAAAAGGACUACAAGAUCACCGAGUUCAAGCCUGGUGCACUCGUACUGAUCGUGGACGAUAACAUUGCUCCUUUGCAAUGGUCGUUGGCGCGGAUUAUCGACACGCACCCUGGUACCGAUGGACACACACGUGUUGUAACCCUGAAGACGAAGAAUGGAACAACUAAGCGAGCGGUCAAAAAGAUAUGUUUGCUACCUUUGGAUAGCGAAGAGUGA